AUGUGAGUGUUGGCGGAAGUAUAGGUAGUCAACAUGGCUGCGACGGGAUUAGGAUAAAAGUGCAGUGCUUUUUAAACGUCCGAGUUCAGUUUAAUUUGGUCAUUUCGUCUCACAGCGCAUAGUUGACAUGUUGGCCAUUGUCUGUAAAGUUAAUAUAUAAAGUGUCAGCUAAAGGUGGCACCAGGGAUUUUUAAGGACGAAGCUUCGCAUUAGCUUUGCAGCAACAAUCCAGACGCAUUGUGAGCAAAAUCAAGCCAGGUUACAGCCAUGUCUACCGACGAUCCCACUUCCGACUCGAUGCCCUUUAUUACAGACGACAGCGAGAACGAAGGGUCGGAAGACCCAAGGAUGAAGCCUGUCCAACGUGAUGAGGAGGAACCAGCCAGCGGCGUUUCUAAUAUUAGAGCAACGGUUACCGUUGGUGUCCUUUGCUACAUCAACCUACUCAACUACAUGGACAGGUUCACUGUAGCUGGUGUUCUUCCUGAUAUUGAGCGGUACUUUGGUAUUGAUGAUGGAAAGUCAGGCUUGCUUCAGACAGUUUUCAUCUGCAGCUACAUGUUUCUAGCACCUUUAUUUGGUUACCUAGGCGACCGGUACAACAGGAAGUUUAUCAUGCUUAUUGGCAUCAGCUUCUGGUCGGUGGUGACUCUUGCCAGCUCCUACACACCUAAAGAAUAUUUCUGGGCACUGCUAUUGACAAGAGGUUUGGUUGGAGUAGGGGAAGCCAGCUACUCCACCAUAGCACCCACCAUAAUAGCUGAUCUGUACAUUAAGGAGAAGAGGACACGAAUGCUGUCAGUCUUCUAUUUUGCAAUUCCAGUGGGCAGUGGUCUUGGGUACAUCGUGGGGUCAAAGGUGGAUGACCUAGCCAAGGAUUGGCACUGGGCACUAAGGGUAACUCCAGCAUUGGGGUUGGUUGCUGUGGUGCUGCUUCUGUUCGUGGUCAAGGAGCCAAAGAGAGGAGCCAUCGAGGCUAGGCCGGAGCAUACCGUUCACAGAACCAGCUGGCUGACCGACAUGAAGGCCCUCUGCAGAAACCCCAGCUUUGUGUUGUCUACGUUCGGCUUCACAGCGGUGGCCUUUGUGACGGGCUCCCUGGCCCUUUGGGCCCCAGCUUUUCUCUUCAGAGCGGCUGUCUUCACCGGGGAGAAGUCUCCCUGCGUCCAGGGGCCCUGCGACACCUCAGACAGCCUGAUUUUUGGCAUCAUCACGUGUGUGACGGGUUUGCUGGGGGUUGGCAGUGGUGCAGAGAUCAGCCGGAGGCUCCGGAGGAGGACGCCGCGAGCUGACCCACUGGUGUGCGCAGCAGGGCUCCUCCUCUCAGCACCAUUCCUCUACCUGGCGAUUGUGUUUGCGCAAGCCAGCACCAUUGCCACCUACGUGUUUAUCUUCUUGGGUGAGACCUUCCUGUCCAUGAACUGGGCCAUAGUGGCUGACAUCCUGCUGUAUGUGGUCGUCCCUACUCGACGCUCUACUGCUGAGGCCUUCCAGAUUGUUCUCUCUCACCUGCUCGGAGACGCAGGGAGUCCAUAUCUUAUUGGAGUGGUGUCUGAUUCUCUGAGGCAGACAGACUCCUACCUGUGGCAGUUCCGCUCCCUCCAGCUCUCCCUCCUGCUCAGUUCCUUUGUGGCUGUGGGGGGCGGGGCCUUCUUCCUGGCCACCGCCCUCUUUAUUGAGCAAGACCGUCAACGAGCAGAAAACGAUGUCACCUCCGAUGAUGAACCAAUCAUUGUUCCCAAGAGCGGCAGGUCAACAAGGGUGCCAGUGUCCAGUGUUCUGAUUUAAGGACAGUUGCAAGGGACCUGGGGUGCUACUGCAGGAGAAGGCUCCAUCAGCAAUGGUCCCCACAGCCCCUGCCAGUUACACACCUAUUUUAUGUUUUACAACAAUGGUUAUUGAGGAGUUUUAUGAUUAUUUAUUAUUUGCAGCCAAAAAACUCAUGACAUCAACGCAACAUGGCAAUUACCACCGGAAAAAGAAAAACCUUGGCCUUCGACAUUCUGGUGUUAUACACCAGCUGUUCCACUGAAAUUUGCUAAACAUGGCAAUGUUGAUGGACAGAUGUGUUUAUAGAUGAAAACAAGGAGUUUAGGUCGGCAUCUCAGAUCUGUAAAAGAUUAGAACAAGUUGACUAAUUCAUCACUUGAGUGAAAGAAAAUCUUCCCUGUUGGUUGUUUUUGUGUUCACCAGACAACUGAGUCUGUAAAUGUUCAACACUUACUCUGCUGGAAACAUUUGUGUUGACCACAAACCUCUGGAAUCUGGUGGGACACUUCGAAUAUCAAUAUUCUCAGUGAGUUGUAACCACUACAUUCGUUCUGCUCUGUAUUUGGCUAUUCCUAAUAUGAAACAUUCUUGCAUUGGCAAAAUUUACAGACAUCUGGCUUGUCAAUCUAGUUAUUCUUACGGAAUACAAGAGAACUCUAGAUAGAGCACCACACCAGAGCAGGGAACAUCGCAUGGUACAUUCAUGGGACCCCAACACUCAAUAUGCAAUUUAAAUUAGGUUGAAUCAAACUUAAAUUUGCCAUUUAGUUUUUCAGAGAUAUUUUAGAUGUUUUAAUACCAAUGUUCCAUAUAAGAUGGAUGCCCAUCUGUGUAACAGCACAACUGGAAAGUCUACUCACAAUUGCUUCAGCAAGAUGGCUAGAAAGGAAAUGAAUUGAUGAGUAACUAGAUGAUCAGCACUAUAUUAGAGGGAUCUGUCUUCCAUUUGUUUUUGUGUUCUUUCAUUAGCUUAACCUUUUUAAAAAUGCUCUUUGUAAAAUCUGUGGUUAUAUUCUUCUGUGAAGAGGCACUGAUAUCCCAGUCAGGCCUUUAAGAGUAUGCUUUUCUUAAUUGUCUGAGCAAACAUUAUUGUCUCUUUUUUUAAUAUCAGCAAUUAUGGUGUAUUCUUUCUAUAAAGUGUAUUUUGGAACACCCCCCCCCCCC